AUGGCCACCAUGACAUUGGUCCAGAAUGCGCGGCCAGCCCACCGCGUACGAAGGUCGUCGAAAUCAGCAUACCCUUCCGUCACCGAGUGCUCAACAACCAAAUCGACAACAUACAUCGACAAGCCACUAUCUCACCAAGCUUUGGUGGUAAACCAGGACUAUCAGUACGAACUUUCAGAAAGUUCUCGACCACAGCUGGGCCCUCAUGAAAUACUACUACGAACAAAAGCCAUCGGGCUGAACCCCAUCGACUGGAAGACGGUGGAAUACAAGUUUUGCAUGCCCUCACUACCAUGGAUCAACGGCAGAGAAUGCGCGGGCGUAAUCGAAGCCGUAGGCACGGCAGUGGAAGACCUACGCAUUGGACAACGAGUGUGGACGUCAACCUACUACCGAGAUCGAAGGGCCGGCUGCUUCCAGGAACUCGUGGUGGUGCCGCAGCAUACCGUGCUUCCCCUGCCGGACUUGUUGAACUUUGAAGAAGCUGCGUGCCUGGGUGUCGCGGGUCUGACUGCAGCCAUGACUUUGUGGAAGUGGUUCGAAUUGCCAAUGGUUCGCGCAGCUGCUCCUUCGACCGCCGGCGAGCGGUUCGCGCUCAUCUGGGGAGGCGCAACAACCACAGGCCAGUUCGGUAUACAGAUUGCGGUGGAGGCCGGUUUGAAAGUCAUCGCGGUUGCAUCACAGCGCAUGAAGCAGAGGUUGCUUGAUCUCGGAGCUCAUCAUGUUGUCGUCAGAGACGGUCAAUCGCUGGCGGAUAUCGCUUCGCAAGUGCGACAGAUAGGGGGAGACGAUAUCGUUUAUGGCAUCGAUUUGGUUGGCCCGCAAUCGGCGGCUUAUGGGGUCGAGUGCUUGUCACAUCAACAUCCUGCCAAGUUUGCGCCUCUCGCAGUGCCUGCACCACCAAUCAAUGCACCAAAGAAUGUCGACGUCGUCAAUGUAGAGAUGAAGCGGUUUGUGUUGGACUUGGCGUCGAGAGAGUACGCGGUUCGUUUGACGGAAUUGGUGGCAAAGGGCAGAGUGGAGGUGCCGGAGCGCCAUGUCUUGCCUGGAGGUCUUGCAGCUGUAGAGGACGGGUUGACUCGGCUGCGGUGUGGUGAGACGGGUGGAAAGAAGCUGGUAAUUAGGAUGUAA